AUGCCUGAAUCCCCUCGUUGGUUAGUCAAAGUAGGUCGUGAAGAAGAAGCCCGCUAUAUUCUUGGUCGACUGCGCGGAGAAAGCGGCGACGAGGCCGAAAAGAGCGAAGCAGAGUUCCAAGACAUUCGCAACAUCUGUGAACUUGAGCGAAAGACUGCCAAGCAACAAAACUACUUCCACAUGUUCUUUGGGAUUGGAUCUGGAAAACUCCAUACCGGUCGCCGGGUCCAGCUCGUGGUCUGGCUACAAAUCAUGCAAGAGUGGAUCGGAAUCGCCGGCAUUACUGUCUACGGCCCCAGGAUAUUUGCAAUCGCUGGUAUAGCACCUCAGGACCAGCUGUGGGUUACUGGUCUCAAUGAUAUUACCUACAUGCUCUCCACUCUCGUCUGCGUAUUCACGCUUGAUCGGAUUGGCCGCCGUUGGACCCUCUACUGGGGCUCCGUCGGCAUGGGGAUCUGCACUUUCCUGGUCGGCGGCCUUUCUCGCAUCGGACAAAACGCAGCUAUUGGGUCCUCCACCAAAACUGGUUCUGGAAUCGCAGCUACCUUCUUUGUCUUUCUCUUCACCGCCAUUUUCGGCGCGACUUGGUUGACGGUACCGUGGCUCUACCCGGCCGAGAUCUUCCCUCUGGAGAUCCGCGCGAAGGGUAAUGCAUGGGGUGUAGUAGGGUGGAGUAUUGGUAACGGCUGGCUGGGACUACUUUGUCCGGUCAUGUUUGCCGCUAUCAACGAGAAGACCCUUUACAUCUUCGGCAUCUGCAACGCCAUCACUAUCCCCAUGGUCUGGGCCCUGUACCCAGAGACAAACCAAAGGACUCUGGAAGAAAUGAACCUCGUCUUUGCCUCUGACUCCAUCUGGAACUGGGAAGCAGAGAAAAACUUCGCGCUCUUGAAAGAACAGAACCCGCAGCUGGUGCAGGCGGCGAGGAACAGAACCGUGGUGGAUGCGGAGAACCCUAAGAGGGGCGGCAGUCUGGCGUUGGCAGGUUCAAGCGGUGCGGAGCGUAGGCAUGGGACUAUUGAGACUAUUGAAUUAAAUGAGUUGUGA